UGGGGAAAGUAGAGUUUUUUUCUGUAGGUGGAUCCGUAAAGGAUAGAAUAGCGAAAGCCAUGGUUCUCGCUGCCGAAAGAGAUGGAAUCCUCAUCCCGGGGAAGAGUGUUGUUAUCGAACCCACGUCAGGGAACACAGGUAUUGGGCUUGCGAUGACAUGUGCUAUCAAGGGAUAUCGAGUGAUUAUCACCAUGCCUAAUAAGAUGUCUCAGGAAAAGGAAGCGCUUCUUCGGGCACUAGGUGCCGAGGUCGUCCGUACGCCUGACGAUGAACCAUGGGAUUCUGCGAAAAGCCACAUAGGUGUAGCGAAGAGGCUCCGGCAAGAAAUUCGAUAUGGUGUCAUCCUGGAUCAGUAUGGCAAUGUUAAUAAUCCGCUGGCGCACGAAUGUACUACAGGUCCUGAAAUCAUCGCUGCUGUAGCUUCCACCCCUUCAACGCCGACAAAACCCUCGUCCUUAAAGGUGGAUGUUUUUGUAGCUGGUGCAGGAACUGGAGGCACAGUUACGGGUGUAUCACGCGCAUUGAAGAAACAACACAAUCCGGAGUGUAUUGUUGUUGGAGUUGACCCAAUUGGCAGCAUCCUUGCCUCACCUGAACGUCUUAAUGAUGAAAGUCCGAAGCCCUACGUCGUCGAGGGCAUUGGCUAUGACUUCGUGCCCCAAGUUCUUUCGCGCGACCCUGCUGAUAUUGACGACUGGGUGAAGACUGACGACGGCGAGGCAUUCCAGGCGGUCCAGAGACUCAUAAAGACGGAAGGGCUCUUAGUCGGGGGAAGUAGCGGCAGUGCUCUCAGCGGUGCCUUGGCAUGGCUGAAAACCGAACGGGGCCAGAAGGUCGCGCAAACGGAGGGUUUGAAUGUAGUGAUCCUCCUGGCUGACGGCAUCCGCAAUUAUAUGAGCAAGGAGUGGUUCUUGGAUUUUGCUCUCGGCCCUGGCCCUCCGCGUAUCCCACAGACGACGUCAGAUAAGGGAAAUUAAUGCAACUGUGCGUGCGAGUUUAUUGGUGCAAUUAGCAUCCCGGUUUAGAAUUGGAUGUCUCCAUGAUCAACAAAGUCUGAGAGUAAUCGGCUGAUAGUCGCGAGG